GAAAAACAAUAGAAAAAGAUGACCUCCUUUUUCGCAAUGGCAAAUACCUUGAUCACAAAUAACAAGCAAAUCGCAAACAAGCCGCGAAAAUGGCACAAAUCAUGAAAAUACAACAGAGAGCCACCCGAAAUGUAUAGGAACACUAAGAAAGAUGAAACAACUGCCGCUAGAAAAAAGAAUCGAAAAUGGUCCAUCAAAAGAAAAGACGAGAGAGGUAAAAGCAGCAAAAUCCCACACCAUGAUUGGUUCCGUGAUAGUCGACGCUGAGAGGUAUCCAUGUCCAAUGCAUACAACACUCAUUCUCUUUAUCCUGCCUGAGCCAUACUCGCCGAUUUGGGUUACUUUUCCAGAUCUGUUCGCAUACACAGGGAUAAUAAACUUUCUAGGAUGUACCAGAAAAUUCGGUGCGCAGAUUAUGCAUUAUCGGAGAUUGCCUGUCAAACCGGACCCAACAACGCGAUGGAUGACAUCUCAAGUACCGACUCGGUCAAACAGAGCAAUCCGGAAAUGGGGGCUAAAAUGUUUGCAACGGCGUAAAGUAACCCAAAAAUGCAGCGAUAUGGAAGACUGGAUGUCCGAGAGAAAACACAACGGAGAUAACGACAGAAAGAAAAUUCCAUUAGUGGGUUGCCCCAGAUAGUUUAUAAAGCCGUGAUGUUGUAUUUCGCAAAGGGAAAUUUAGGUGAUAAAUAAAAGAAUUGCGAGUUAUCGACUGUCAAGUGUGAGGCCUGCCCGAUUGAAUCCGCAAAACUGACAAUCCGCACUACCUCAUUGGCAGUCAUUGAUGACCGACAACUCCCUAUACAGAUCGUGC